AUGAGCUGAGAGGGCAUAGCCCAACAUCUGAUCUUCUGCCAGGGACGCAGAGAGGAGCCUGUGCCCCAUAUGAGACCUGUGCUACUGGAAAGCAAAGGCUUACACGUCAUGCUUCAUUUAAUGGCACACAGCCCUGUGAAGGGACUAGAAGGAAGGUCAGUUCUGAGCCCAACAGCCCACGUCGAGAGAGACAAGCCUGUGUCGUGAAUUCAGAUGAAUAUUGCUCCAAAAUGAUAAAUCUAGCAGCUGUCUGCAAGCAGAAAAUAGAGGAAGAUACUAGGAAUAAAGCUUGUGCCACAGAAACGAUAUUAAAUUCAGCAAGGAACCCAAGCAUAACCUCACCUCUCUCCCUUCUUCCAGUUCCUGGGGACUCUGAUUUUUGUGUUAACCCUUUGCCUCAGGCAGUUUUCCCUGUGGUUCAGGCAGAUGUCCCAAGCCUCUCGCUGCCAAAUGGCAUCAGCAGCCAAACUCUACAUCCUUCCACGCCAGUAGCCUCCAAAACCGAAAACGGAAAACCUACCCUGCUCCCCAACCAACCCUUCCUGUGCUUCCCCUCUUCAUCCCUUUUUAUGUUGUGUGGUGGUCUUCAGGAAAAUAACUUGAGGGAGACCCUGCCCACCACAGGAGACGUGGGAAACAGGAGGGCAGAAGCCCAGGCUGCCGCACCUCCAGCUGCCUGCCAGAAACGCUGCUCCCACAAGUGCGCAUCGCCCUCUGCGCCUGCAGAUGAUGAAGAGCCAGCUGCUAAAAAGCAGACCAUGGAACAGAGCGAUGUGCCCCUCUCACUUGUAGUACCCAAGCCUUUUAAGUCACCCAAGGCAGAAUCUACCCCAGGAAGUGGUUGUACAUCUGCUGAACAUCUAGAAGCUUUUCAUCCUGACCUCGCAAGUCCUGCUGCUCCAGAGGCUGCAGACAAGGAGUCUACUAAGCCUUUAGAUUCUCAGGAGCAAGAAAAACGGUCUCAGAAUAAAGACCCUGAUGAACCCUCUUCAGGAAAAGAGCACAUCUCUAAAGAAAAUGCCAAUCAACCUUUCCUACCACAGUAUCUUUAUGUUCGGCCUACUGCUGGAUUAAGCAGUUUUAAUUUCCUGUUCUCUACAAACCAAGCCCCUGGUGCUAUCAGCCUGGCUGCGAGCCAGUUACCUUCUCUGAGCGUCCCCUGUGUCAUGGUGCCGUCAGCAGCCUUGGCUUCCUUCCCUCUCGUCUGUUCUCCCGCAAUCACCAGUCCUCUUUCCCCAGUUCCCGAUGGCUCCUUCUCAGCUGCCACCUCCAUGAAUUUCAGUAUGUCUGGCCUGGCAUCAACAACUCCUGUUUUCAUAGGCACCACGACAGUGGUGACCCCCAAGGUCUCACCCGUGCCUUCGGUGGAUCCCCAACAACCAGCUCACCCCGCUCUGCACCUGAGUCCCGUGCUUGCAAGGUCUUGCGGUGCUGUUAAACUGGACUCCCCCGUGUGUAUGGGGCAUCCGGUGACCCUUCUGAAGCUGCAGCAGCCUUCAUCAACUCCCCUCACUCCCAAGAGCAUUCGUCCUGCACGUCAUGAAGCAUUUUUCAAAACUCCCGGAAGUCUUGGAGAUCCUAUUGCAUGGAAGAAAAGUGAAGGCAACCAGACCAGAAAUGCCAGCUCUGUGCAGAGGAGACUAGAAAUCUCUAGUACCAGCCCUGACUAACUCCACUCAUUGCAAAGGGUGGGCAGAUUGUCCUAGGACCCUGUAUCGAUUACAAGAGAACAAGCUCUUACCUGGCAAAAAGAGCGCAUUAAAAUGUCAUCCUUUCUGGCAUG